UGUCGGGAGACAGAUAGAGAGGAAGAAAAAAGCGAGCAAAGAGUUAGUGGGGCUCCGAGAGAGUGAGACUCGGGAAGAGAAACAGAGAGAGCAAAACACAGAGAGAGAGCGCGGGAGAAAGAAAAAGAGAGCAAUUGUGAGUGGAGCUCGGAGAAAGAAAGCAAAAGGAUAAGUGAAACUCAGAGAGAGAGAGGGAUAGAGAAAGAGAGAGUGUACCGCUGUAACAGUCGUAUUUAUUAGUAACUCUUGGUUCAGACCAUCCACAGUGUUUGGUUUAACGUGUGUAUAUAUAUUAUAUUAUAUAUACACACACACUGUAUUAUAUAUCAUAUAUGGUGGUGUUCCUAUCAAGUGUAUACUGCUAAGGAAUGGUUUCCUGGCGGCAACGGCGGAGGAGUUAACCCCCCCACAACCAUCACAGCUGACUGGCUGCAAGUUCUAUCGCGCAGCCCAGACCUUUGAAAGGGGACAAAAAAUAAGACAUGCAUCAUUGGCAACGAGCACUCCUGCUUUUGGACUUACAAAAGAAUGAAGGCCUUCCCCCGACUCGGCCACCAGCACAAAAUCAAACAGAAGAAGAUGGGAGCAUGUGGAAAGGAGUCCGAAGUUUGGCAACGAAGCUGAUUGAUGCCACCAAUGAUGAGGAACCACUGCCUGAAGUGGAAGGCGUCGAUUACAAACUCGGCAAAAUACAGUAUGCCAUUGGCUACGAUUUCCGGACACUAACUUUGACUGUAACUAUUUUCCGUGCUUGUCAAUUACCUGCCAAGGACUUCACCGGAACUAGCGACCCUUAUGUUAAAGUGUUGCUCUUACCAGACAAAAAACACAAGUUGCUCACAAAAGUACGAAAGCGUAAUUUGAACCCACACUGGAAUGAACGUUUUGUCUUUGAAGACUGGCCACACCACAAAUUACUAGAGAAGACCCUUUAUUUUCAAGUGAUCGACUACGACAGAUUCAGCCGAGAUGACCCGAUCGGAGAAAUUACCAUUCCUUUGAACGAGGUGGAUCUUACACAAAAAAAAAGCACAUGGCGGUUUCUGGAACCAUGCAAAGAGAGUAGGGGCAAGCUUGGUGAGCUGCUUCUCUCGCUUUGCUACCAACCAGCAGUGGGUCGACUCAUUAUUGAAGUGAAGAAGGCUAAAGAUCUCAAAGCUAAAGAUAUCACUGGAACCUCAGGUAAGAAACAAUAAAAAUAAUCACUAUUGGAAAGGUUACAAG